GCUAUGAUCUUCCUUCCUGCCUUCCUUGAUUCAUCAAACUUCUGGAACACCGACAACAACCAGCUUCAGCUGCAACAAAUCGGCACUAACACUCAUAGUACUACCACUCCUUCACCAUCUGGUCCUGGUGAUGGAGGAUGCAACAGCAAUAAUGAAGAAGGGUUCAUGGCCACGGCCGGGGUCGGCUUAGUCGCUGGAGGGGGCGGCAAUGAUGGUUGCAGCGGCGCUGGGGACGGCGAUUGCAGUACCAACAGGAAUAGCAAGUCGAUGUCCAUGUCGGAGCGAGCUCAGUUGGUGCGGUUGCCGCAACCGGUGUCGGGGCUCAACUGUCCGCGAUGCGACUCCACCAACACCAAGUUUUGCUACUUCAAUAACUACUCCCUUACCCAACCCCGCCACUUUUGUCGCUCUUGUCGCCGCUACUGGACCCGCGGCGGCGCGCUCCGCAAUGUGCCUGUCGGUGGGGGGUAUCGUCGCCAUGCCAAGCGCAGGGGCAAGCCCAAUGUGGUGUCAAACACCUCCCGAUCUACCGCGGUAGGGACAUCGUCCGUGACAACAACCAUGUCUAGCAGUACCACUUAUGCCACCGGCAGUGGCCCUGUGCCGCCCGGAUUGCACAGCCCCAUGUUCGGCAGCGCGCCGUCACACGAUAGCCAGUUCGCCCACAGCUUCGACCAGGCAAGCCUUCGACUCAGCUCCCCCGACAGGCUGCUCUUUGCCGACGGUGGUUCUUGCACGGUGGACGGUUGUGCGCAACACCACCACAACCAUGCCCAUUGGAACGGGAUGGAGCAGUGGUCGGCAGCGCAAAUGGGCAGCUUCCAAUUCAUGCACGCCAUGGAUCAUCAGAUGUCUGGGGCAAUGCCCAUCACAAUGGCUACCAUGCAGGGCAUGUUCCACCUAGGAUUACAGAGCGUCGCUGGGGGUAAAGAUGACAACAGAGGAGGCCACCAGUUGUACCACCCGUCGGCCAAGAGAAACCACAAGCAGCAGGAUUACUCGAGCAGCAGGGGCAUGUAUGAGGACAUGGUCAAUGGCAAUGGCGGCGGUGGUUACAUUUAA